AUGACUGCGGAAACAAUAGGAAAUACUACGAAAAUCUUUAAAUACUCCUUUCCAACUUGUACCAAUGAGGAUAUACUUUUCAAACUGGAAGUGCCAGUUGAGAUACCCUAUGAUGGAUCCACACGAGAGCUGGUACAGCGCGUUAUUAAUAUGUUCCAUAUACCGGUAUACUUGGAAGAAGAAUUGAAUGAAAAGUUAGCACACUAUAUAUCUGAAGAAACAAAAGACUUUCACAAUAAAAGGGAUGAAAAGCUUCUAAAUCAGUUAAAAAAUGGUGAGCUGAAUGUAGAGGGUAUUGUGAAAAACUGGGAGAAGCUAUUUAAGGAGAAUGUUGUGGAGUUCGCAGAACAGAAAGGCACUUCUGAUGAGGAGGUGUUCGCUGCAGCAUAUCACAAGCUUGUGCACUCACCCGCACUAGAUACCAUUCUGCAGGUUGAAAACUCUUAUGCCAAAACUGUUAUGACUAUGCUGAAGAGCCGUGAUGAGGAUAUACAGAAACUUACAAAGAGGCAAACUGAAGAAAUGGAAGAGAAAAUGCGUCUUCUAAACGCAGGUACAACAGAAGAAGAGAUAAAUGCCCUCGCUGCAAAGCACUUUGAGGAGCAAAGUCUUGCAGCGGGAAGAUGGGAUUCGCAGUUGGAUGCUCUGAAGCAUACACAAAGAGCUACACACCGAGCUUGGCUUAUGACCACACUGGAGCAGUACCAAGGCGAGACUGAACUCAGCACACCCAGCAACUCUCCACUCGCGACAUUCCCUGUGGAACCCACGCUGCUAGCCGCGCCUAAGCCUCGACUGGAGGAGAGCUUCACCAUCCACCUCGGGAGCCAGCUAAAGCAGACACACAACAUCCGGCUUGUUGCAGCGGAUAUGUUGGACCUUUGCGCUGUUAACCAUGAUGACAACGGCGCGGCGGCCCGGCUGCAGCCCGCGCUGGCGCUGUACUCGGGCGAGCUGGCGGGCGCCGUGCUGCUGGCCGACAGCGCGCCGCGCUCGCCGCUGCUGCGCCUGGCCGCCGGCUCCACCGAGCACCACUUCGACGACAUCAACACGCAGCUGCGCCGCAUCGUGGACGCGUUGCGCGACCCGGCGGAGCGUCGUAACUUGGAGCGCGCCCAGCAAGAGGCUGGCAGUGGCAACGGUGGCAGUAACAACUCACGCUCACGACGUGCUCUACGCACUGGCGACGUGUACAUCACCACGCAUAGCAACCUGGACGUGCAUGUCGUGUUCCAUCUUGUGGUCGACGACUCGCUCAAGUCCGGCGACAUAACGUCUCGCCACCCGGCCAUCCUCGGUCUACGCAACAUUCUGAAGGCGGCGUGCUGCAACGACGUGACCUCCAUAUCCAUACCGCUACUGCUCCGGCAUGAAAUCACCGAGGAGAUGACGGCUGCGUGGUGCGUGCGGCGCGGCGAGCUGGUGCUGAAGUGCGUGAAGGGCUUCGUGCUGGAGGCGGCGGGCGGCGGCGGCGCCGAGCUGCGCACGCUGCACGCCGUGCUGCCCGCCUCCGCGCCCGCGCUCUUCACCGCCGUGCAGUCGCUGAUACCUACAGUCUUCCGCGUAGCCGGUCCACUGCGAGCCCACAAGAGAAGUGACCCACUCUGA